AUGUUGCAGCAUCUUUCAUGGACGGAUUUUUUGGAGAAACAUCCUGCAUUUAAAAGCAUUCAUGUAGCUACAGAUGACUGGGAACCUUUGCCGAAGCAAGUGUGUGCUUUUGAUACCAAGUUGUAUGUUGCAGUGGGUAAUGAAGUACGACUUGUGGAUUGUGAACAAGUAAAACAAAACAAAGGAGGAUCGGAAGCGACCUCUUUUACCAAAUUAACACAUCCUGAAUUGAAUUUUACAAUCUUUCAGCUUGUCAUAAGCCCUAACGGAAAGUACUUGGCUGUUGUUGGAAAGUCGAAAAUAGUUGUCUUGGGAUUACGCUCUAAAGCUGAACCAAAGUCUUCUUCUCCUUCUUCUUUCUCUUUCAAUCAAUCUUCCAAUAAUGGCUCUGGAAUAUUUGGCGGCGCCGGCUCGUUAAGUUUUAGAGGUUUUCAAGGUCAGUCGGCCAAUUCGUCAGAAACACCUAUUUAUUAUGCUGGGAUCAUCAAUUUAAAUUUUCCGGUAAUUUGCGCAAGAUUCCAUCCUUUGGGUAGAUCGGGUCGAUCUUUGGUCAUACUGAAUGAAACACAAUUAACUUUAUAUGAAGUUGAGAAUGGUUAUCUAAACCCUGACUACACAAUUCCUCUUUCUUUCAACGAAAAACCAUCCAAUGCUUUCGAUGUUGAUGCGGAAGAACAUAUCCCUGUUUCUUUUACAUUCAACCAUUCUUCACGCGGUUGGGGCGCUUUUCUUGUGUAUAUUUUGACGGUUAGUGGAGACGUUUACGCUCUUUGUCCUGUUAUGCCAGCAAAUGCAAUCAUCUCACGCACAAUGCUUCAACAAUUGUCAUCCGAAAUCGCCGAACAUCAUCGGAGCUAUGUGGAUUCAGAGAAUGCUCAACAACUUUUACGCUGGCUUACAAAGCUGGUUGGAGACGCAGCACUCUCUUCUGAACUUAAUUCUCGAAGUGGGUUUUCGUUAGAAGAUAGCAAUGAGUUUUCUAAUUUUUCUAAUGUUUUUGCUCUUCAGCGUCCCGAUGAUUUUACACUCUUGCCGGCAUUACAAGGACCCUUCUUAAUCCAACCCCUUGUCGGUGAUGACUUCUCAGACGACUGUUGUGAUAUUGCUUCCCUUGGAACACCAGUCAUAGAUGUGAUAGUGGUUGCAAGUUCCUCUGGCCAAAUUGAUCUUUUCUUGUCUCCUUCAAAAAUAUCUGGGAAAUGGUCUUUACCUUCUCAUUGUAACGAACCCUCCAAAGCUCUCGUUCUUUCCCCUAUUCACACGCUUAGGCCUUUCACCACAAAAACAGAUUACACUGCUCUACACUACGAUAAUUUUUCGCCUUUUAAUUUUACGGUUUACCAUGCAAACGGCGCUCAUGCGGUCAACGUGGAACGGUGGGUUAGAGAUUUACGUUUGCUAUACGAAAACAAAUCAGAUUUCAAGAAUGCUAAAGAGAAAAAGGAAUUGUUGGAUAUCCUGUCGUCCAUUCCUGAUUCUACAGAAGUGGUUGAACGGGUGAAUACUAACCCUUUAAACACAUCACCAGAUCCAGUUACUGGUUGUACACAAAUAAAGCAUCCUUCCUUAGGAAGUGCAUUUCUUUGUUUGACCAAACACCGUCAGAUAACAGUGAUAGACGAAUCCGAGUACCUGGACAUGCCAAUUAUAGACAAGGACUUAAAGAAUGAAGACUUGGCAGAAUCAUUUCAAAUUAGUUUGAAUGGUGACAAAAAUUCUCGGAACCUUAUGUAUCAGUCACUCCUUGUGCAAUCACCAUUUGAAAAUCCUUACAUUCAAACUUCUCCAGAGCGGCUCAUUGUUCCGCCUGAACUUGGCGGAAAGCUCGCGGUGUCAUCGUAUUCUCUCCGUUUUCUUGGUACUGCUGUAAGCCGCAUGCGUGAGCAUUUGGAAUUAAUUCACCAAGGUAUUUUGGCAUUGCACUAUCGUUUAGGUCUUCAAAAAGAAGAAUUUUUACGUCAACGCGAUCAUAUAUCGAAGCUUGAGAAACGAUCUACCCAUGCGUUACAAAAAGAUUGGCUUCUUGAACAGUUCGCUGAGCUUGAAAAUCACGCCGUGCAAUGUGAAGGACGUACGGAUGUGGUAUUACAACGGUACAUGAAUAUCCAUUCACCUGACUUGAGUGAUCAGGAGAAGACAUUUGUGAAGGAAAUAGAACGUUAUCGUGAGCGCAUAUUGGGUGAAAGGGGUAUUGAAAGAAAACUUCAUAGUAUAAAGCCACUUCUACAUAAUGGAAGCAUGCAAUCAAAAAUGAUGCUUUCCAAAUCCUCUGUUCGUUCAUCUUCAAUAGAACCUAUUGCUUUGGAUCAACUGAAGCAAUUAUUAGCUCAGCAAAACAAGUUGAUUCAAAUUAUGAAGGCAAAAGUCGUCUCGCUGCAAAAAAAAAUUUGA